UGUCUCACCGAUAAGGGAUCAGAACUCACCCGAAUUGCCGUGGUGGACACCGCCGGUCGCUGUAUUAUGAAUGAACUUGUCAAGCCAAAAUGGCCAAUCAGGAAUUACUUGACCUGUUACUCGGGGAUCACGGAGGAGUUGCUACGCCCCGUGCAAACCACCCUGGCAGAAAUCCAGAGCCGAUUAAACGAUAUUCUGCCUCCGGAUGCCAUUUUGGUGGGCCAUUCCUUAGAUGCUGAUCUCCGAGCUCUAGAAAUGAUUCACCCGUAUGUUAUAGACACUUCGCUUCUCUAUGCCCGGAAAGGGGGCAAAAGAUUCAAGCUGAAGUUUUUAGCAGCUGCUGUUUUAGGGAAAGAAAUUCAGAACACGGGCGAAUUGGGUCACGAUCCCACCGAAGACGCCCAAUGCGCCCUUGAGCUGGCCCAGUAUUUCAUUGAACAAGGAUCCAGGAAAGUAGGUGCCUUAGCUCUUUUUACGACUGUUGUUUUAAGGACAGGAAUGGAUGUGUCUUUUUACCCUGACACGGUCCUAACAGUGAGGACAAUUGACCAGUGGAACAGAAGUUGCCUCCAGAAAUGGUGAGCGCUCCCA